AUGAAUAUUAAUAUGGAAAUCCCAGCACCUUCCACACCCGAGAAGGCGGUGCCAAUUGGCUAUGACAUUCCACGGGACACCAUUAGUCGCGAUUUCAUAAAGAGGUCGCACGAGAACGGCUCGUCAGCUGAGCUCUCAGAGCGCCGUGAGCGAUGGAUUUCGGCAGUAUCUGAUUCCAUCAACGUCGAGUUCGCCAACAAAACCCGCUUGCGAAUCGCCUCGAAUCGUCUUCUCAUGACGACACCUCCUUCAUCACCAGUAACACCAAAAACCCUACAGUAG